AUGCCUGCUCCGGAAAACGGGGCUCAGAGCAGUGGACCAAGGCAAGCUCUACCUAAAGGCCUCGUUGCCACUCGUUUCAAUAAUUAUCCUGCCUCCAAUUCUUCUCGUCAUCCCCUAUCGCCUUCCUCGACGGUCACCUCCUCUUCUUUUGUCGAAUGCGAUCUGAUCGACCUCGGUACUGACAUUUGUUCGCCAUCAAGAGAGUUAUCCGAGAAAGAUGUCAACACCAGUACGCGCGACGGAGACGAAGCAGAUGCCAGCGAUGAGCUGCUACUACGCCGUGAGAUCAUGGAGUUGCGCCACAGGCUCAAGUCGACAACGGCUAGAGCUGAGAUUGCCGAGGAAAAGGUUGAGCGAGCAGAGCGGAGGAUAGGCGAGAUCAAGUCUACCGUGGCCUCGACUAUCACAGAGAUUGAGAAAGACACGGCGCCACUUGCUUCAAAACUCAACGAGCUCAACACAGAGAACUCGGCUUUGAAAGAACAACUCAGGGAUGCCCAGUCUCACAUCUUUAGCCUUCAACCUUACCGUAAGGAGCUGACUCCCGAGGAAGUCGGGCGCGAAUACGAUGAUCUCAUCGAGGGUAUCAGUGAUUGGGUUUCCAAGUUUAUGGAUCCGUAUCUGGAUGAUCACGAAAAGGGAGUUGAGGACCUUAUGAUGACUGCCCGCAGGAGACCCAGUGACGCUCUCAAGUUGAAACAGGUCAUACACCAGUGUCCCGACCUGGUUCACGGCGCUGUUUUCCCAGAAACAGACGAAGAUAUUGUCGUCGCAAUCAUCAUGAGGUUUAUCAACGACAAUAUUUUCCAAAAGAUUAUGUACGGCUCCAUCGCCAACUACGUCGAAGUACUCAGCUUCGUGGAGACAGCCCUCCAGAACCACGUUAAUCCCAAGCGAGAUCUCUUCGCGAUACGAACUUGGACGGCAGAAGCAUAUAACGCAAUCUUAAGCUCUCGAGACUUCAAGGGCUGCCGGGAGAAGAAGAUGCGCGAGCUUACAAUCGAGCUUGCCACCAUUUUCAAGAUAUUCAGUCGAAAAGACAAAAUGGAGGCAUUCUACAAGAGCUUUGAACAGAUUUGCAUCAAGCCAGCAAUGCAGCUAUAUGAGAAAAACCAGGUUUCCACCAACCAUUUCUAUUUCGAUAUCAACCCGUACAUAGUCUGGGGCGGGGACGACGAGAUGCAAACCUCGACAGACUUCCUCGACAGCUUGCAAGAUCUCGACUGCAAGAACAUACUCCAGAACCGCAAAGCUUUCAAUCUGGCAAAGAUUGACCCGCAGCCUACCAAAAAGGAGCUGUAUCACCACCUGCUCAACGUUUGUACUCUCACGCCAGCACUCUACAUGCGGCAGAUUGGGCGCAAGGAUGUCAUCAAAGAACCACAGCUCGUGCGACGUCAACAGAUGCUGGUGGCAUGGGGACCGCAAGAAAAGCGUGACAAGUUCCAGGAGAAUGGGGACCGUACGCUUUUGAGCCAUCUCUACUACGCCAAGGCCGAUCGAGAGAGGCAAGAAGCCGGUGGGUGGACGAACUUUCGUUGGGGUGGCUAG